AUGAUGGAAGGGUUUAAGUUUGCGGGGAGCUCUUCAGGGCAAUGGAAAACUUUUCUUCGUCGGUGCCUUUCUGAGAGAUCCGAUGCCGCUGAAUUUGGGCGUUUUGCGACGGUUAUGCUGAAUCGCCAUUCCAUCCCAGGGAGAAGGUUAAUAGACAUCAUUCUAGCGGCAAGAGUUGUCACAAAUGUGCCUUGGGACCCCUUAAUACCGCUCUAUGUGGACACCCUACACAGGCUUGGUAGCAUUAAACUUGAAGAUAUCCUAGAGUCCCUUUUAGCGCAUUCGACAGUCUCCCAGAAGCAAGCGUCUGUUCAGAAUGGAUCAGCCACAAAAACACCCCUCAGUACGCUGAUGACCGACUACUGCGUUAUCCACAAUGCUACGAUAGCAGCGACUUCAGGACAUGCCCCAAAGACAAUAGCUGAAGCCGGAAACACAUUUUCUGCGCUCGCACAAUGGAUUUUAUCUCUUCUUUCAUGGAACUCAGGUCGUGAACCGGAAGGCGACCCCGCCAGCUCGCUGACAAGCUCUCCGGAUGCUCUGGCCGUGUUCGAAUCGCUCGGGAUUUUAUUUGCUGCACUUGUCAGCACUGAAAGAUCAGUAAACGCUCUUUCUGCCGCUGGGACAAAAGAGUGGAGAAAUAAGCUAGGACAAGCUCUUUCUGAAUAUAUUCCACUAUGUGCUGGUGUAUCAAUUCCCCUACGUGACAGGCUCGAAGCGCUGCAAAAAGAUUUUAACUUAUAUGGUCACGAUGGAGAGAAAUCUCUUGAGGAUACAAUGAUGGAAAAUGUCAAUAUCUCGGCUCUAGAAUUUGAGUCUAACGUGCUUGACGGCGUUAUCAUUAAUUCCAGAGCAGGGCCUUAUAUAUAUGUUAAUGCCUUGCUCGUCGGGAGACCACUGGUUGAUGAUAACAUGGUUGUCAACUAUUUAAAUAACCGAUAUGGAGGCGAUCGCAUGGCACUGAUUGAAGAUCUUAUUACUGCGGCCUUUGACGUUUUAUCAAAUGGGAUGUAUCGCAAUGAGCCUAACCGCACAAUGUUUAUCUUCCGCUCUUUCCUAGUCAACAAGCUGCCACCAUUUUUUGCCGAGAUGUGUACAUCUGCUAUUGAUCCCAUCCCCAUGGAGCUUUGUAUCACCCGCGCCCUCAGUCGCAUUGACCCCAACGCCUUUCCGUCGUUUUCGGAAAUGUUCGCCAUGCAAGGAAAUUCUAUUCUCUCGGAUGUCCGACAGGAAUUUUUGUUUGCCUGUGCGUUGCACAAAUUGAUACCCGAAGCGAGCAUCGAGCGGCUUCUAGGAGAAAACCCAAUGCAAACCUUGCCCGUUGGAGGACAGUUUCGAAGAGAAGAUCUAGUUUCCCAAAUUAAUAGCAAUCCUGAGCGUGCAGAACAACUUAUAAAUGAACUCGAGUCAAUGGAAGGGAACGCUGGUGCAAUAGCGGCGGCUAUCACGGAAGUAAUGCAUAGUUUAUGCUCAAGGAAGGAAACGAUGACCCUGAAGAAUAUUUGCAAUUCCCUCUCACGGAGGCCACUUUCAUUGGACGUCAUGCUUCUUUUUAUUAGCCCAUCAACUAUCUUACAGCCCCUCUGCGCUUUGCUUGAUGCCUGGAAAUGGGGCGAAGAACAAGGGGAAAGUCAACCGGUCUAUGAUGAAUUCGGCAGCAUAUUACUACUGGUUCUUGCCUUCAAACACAAAUACGGACUAUCUCAUUACGACUUAGGAAUUUCAAACCCCGACUCGUUUGUCCUCAGGCUUCUAAACCAUGGGUCCUCGAGUCAGAGACUUGAAGACUUGGAUGAAAAGCAAAAAAAUAAUCUUGGAGCAUGGAUCACAGCCUUGUUCAUUGCAGAAGGGAUUAGCGACGAUUCAAUGUCAUCAUGCAGUCCCCAGGAGUUUUACUUCCUCGUAGCGACGCUUUUCAGCCAAAGUCUGGCGGCCUGUGAAACCGGAAAACUAGAAUUUGAGACGUUGAAAGGAGGGUUUGAAUAUCUCUUAGAACCGUUCCUCUUGCCAUCUCUAGUGAUGGCAUUAACAUGGCUUGGUCAUCACAUUUGGGAGUCAGAAAGUGAUUUGGCUACGUCGUUAAAACUUUUGCUUGCCCUCGUUAAACCAAGUUCCAUAUCUGGCGAAGCGCAGGAAAUUCAUCGCACAGUGCUAUUAAUAACUGCAAAGCCGCUUGAAGACCAGCUGAAGGGUGUUCGUACUAGGCAUCCUUCGAGAAACGAUAUUAAACCCGUUCUCGAGGCUUUAGAGCCAUACCACUCUUUCCAGCGGCGCAGCACAGCGCGUUACGGCGAAGUUGAAGGCUGGGCUGCGAAUCCAGCAGGUGGAGGGAUUGUUGCCAGCAUCCGCAACACUUUUUCGUCAUUUGUUUUCUGGAGCACAAGCCCUGAAAUAAGCAUGACGCCGCCUAGCUAUACACACCGUCAGAUUGUCGCCGGAAUACGACUUGUAGGCGCCGUUCGCGUACUGCGAGGCAUAAUCGAUGAGCUCAAAUUGCAAGCGGAAACGGGGAGCGGUGAUCUCGCCCUUGAUAUUGCUGCCACGCUCAUAUGUGCUCCCCUUGCGGAAUCCUUUGCCGUAGAGCGGGCAGCAUUCCAUCCCGUUGAUCCGUCUAAAGAUUCGGUACCCCACUGUUCGAUUCUCACACUCCGCGACGCACUUAGCCUUGAGCGUGAAUCCAUCCCCAAGUUAGUCGAUAGUGACACGCUCCGUGCGGAGCUAAUUGUGCGGUUAAAUCGGCGAGUCGAUGCGCUUACUGCUAUCCCGCAGAUGUCACAAGAAGUCUCAAAUAUCGAUGUUGGCAACAUCAUGCAAGAUAUCAAUUUAGAAGAGGAAAGCAUGGGAAUGACUAACCAAAGGCACGAUCAAGGCGGUGAGCAAGCCGGUCAGCAGGAUCAAGUCGCGGACGAUGCAGGUGAUCUCAAUGACAUGCUUGAUGCGGCAGUGGCAGCGGCGGCUGGGGGUGAUGGGGCCGGAAACGAACAGGGAAUAGGUAUGAGUGGAAUUAGCGGGAUUAGUAUGACUAUGGAUAGUGGCAUAGACGCAAGCAUUGAUGAUGUGCUCAACGAAGCGGAUAUGGGAGUGGGUAAUCCUGAAUUUUUGGAUUUGGAUAUGGAUGGCAUGUUUUAACCUGGAUAGCUACCCUCACUGCAUUUUGAACAUAGAUUUGUCCUAUUUUGC